AUGAGUAUCAGCAGCCAAUCCCAGCAGCCGCCGUCGCCGCACACUGGCGGACUCCGGGAUGAUCCGGGUCACGAGCUGGCGACGGGCGGCUUGUACGAGUCUGCUAGAAAGGACCGCGAGGCCGUUCCCAACCCCGUCCCAGGUUCCAUCACCCAGCAGACUGCCAGCCAGGUCACGGACACGGCGGCACCCGAGGAGGCUCUGGACAGCCAGGGCAUGCCAGCUAACAGCUACCCCGUGCAUCAGGACCCAGCCGCCAGCCAGCAGCACCCCACGGAGGCCUUCCGCAGCCCCGCUGAGGGAGCGGCCACAGCAGCGCAGCGCAGCCAGCCGCCGCCUGCGGACCGAGACGUGGAGGGCCCCGUGCCGCCCUCGUCCAAUGUAGAGCCACGUGCAGACGUACACGGAGUGACCCAUGGGUCGCCACCGGAAGACGUGCAACGGGACCAGGAUUCUAAAGCCAUAAUGAUCACGCAUGCGUCUUCCAGUGCAGCUCGGCAAAGCGGGAGCGCGGAGCUGGGCAACAGAGCCCACCAAAAUGGCGACUUUGACAAGUCGCCAACGCAGGCGAGCGUAUGCGGCAUCACGUUUCAGGCGACAUCUGGAACUCUCAAAUUUGCCAUGUGCAUCAUGUGCGUGAACGUGACACCCUCGUCCACGCACGUCUGUAGGGGCCGAGUUGAGGGGGCGGCCAGGGCGCUGCAGCUGGACCGCAUGCGCUACCGACACGGCUGA